AGUCGGCAGCGAGGGCGUCGGCGCGCGACACGAGCGGCAGCAGCGGCGGAGCGCCGGCCAUGCUGGGCGUGGCGGUCGGUGUGGUGAGCGGGAGCAAGGCGCGCAGGAGGCGUGGCGCUUGGAGAAGGAGAGCAACACCGCCGCCGCUGCACGAGCCACGCGCCAAGCUCCACGGGCGCAUGAAGCCUGCCUUCCCACCACCACGACACCCGCAGAGGCGCAGGCGCAACUUCGACACCCGGCUAGCGCCCGCAGCUGCACGGUCUGCGUGCCUCAUCAUCGUCAGACCGCGUCGUCAGUCGAGCUGCCGCGAUCUCACUACGCCUCGCCGCUGGCCGCAGCUCCAGCAGUGCGCCAUGGCACCCCGCACGCCGGCGUCGCGCCGCCCGUCGAGCGCGCCGGCCCUCGAGGCAAAGUCGUCGCUCACGAGCAAGCUGCUCGAGUCGCUCGUGCACGAGCUCAUCGUCGAGUGUGCCAGCGGCGCACACAAGGCACAGCGCCUCAGAGAGGAGGCCGAGACGCUGCACGGCGCCGGGUGCACCGACUGCGGCACGCUCUGCCGCGCCUCACACCUCGCCGUGCUCAACGGCGUGCAGCCGCCGGCGCUGAGCGGCAAGGACAGCCUGCUGCCGCCCGAGCCGAGCGCCGCGAGCAGCAGCAGCAGCGCCACGAGCAGCGCACCCAAGGCGCUCGCCGCCUACUCGGACAACCCGCUGCUGGCGUGCGUCGUGUGCGCGCGCGAGGUGUCGGCCAACCGCUACAGCUACCACCUCUCCAAGUGCGUCUUUGGCGCCAGCGGCGCCGGCGGCAGCAAGGGCGCACGCCGCAAGCUCGGCGCCGCCGGCGCGGCGGCCAGCGGCGGCGCCAACGCCGCGGCCGUCAAGCAGGCCAAGAAGAUUGCCAGUGCGCUCGAGGCGCGGCGGCGCGCGGGCGGCCUGGGCAGCCGGCGUAACACGCCGCAGCCAAGCGACGAGGAGGAGAGCCGGCGAGGCACACCAACGCCAGCGCAACGCCCUCUGAUUGUGCUCAGCAAGAAGCGCGCUGGAAGCCCUGGCUUCUCCUCCUCGGCGCCGGCGUCCACCACCGGCGCAUUCAAGAAGGCCCGCACAAACACACCACCACCGGCAGCAGAGAGGGACCGAGGCAUGGUCCGCUCCUCUUCGACGCAGGCCAUCUCCCACACAACCGCGCCGCUCCUCGGCUCGCCGCUAAACCCAUCACACAAGGCCAGCGCGAGCCUCGACGGCCGAGGGCGCGGCAGAGGACGCGGUCGGCCACGCGGGUCAGGACGUGGCGGUGGGCGCGCAGGCCCGAGUGCGCUGGGUCGUGCGACGCCAGAGACGCAGGAGACGAGGGACAGCGAGGAGGAGGGCGAGCUGCAGGACGAUGACGAGGAGGAACGCAGCGUCAGUCCCGUCAAGGCUGCUGCGGACCGCCUGCCGCGCAUGCGCACCGAGACGCUGAGCGCGCAGGCGUCGCCUAUGCUGUCCGACGCGUCAGUCGACGGCGAUGCAUCGGAAGACGAGGCAGAUCAGGCCACGGCUGCGGCCGCCGCCUCAGAUGCCGACGAUGAUGAUGCCGAUGACGACGAUGAGCCGGACGCGUCGGAAGACGACGACGAUGACGAUGACGAAGACGAGGAGGGUGCAGCCUCGUCCUCGGGCUCGCCAGCCUCGGGUCACGGCGGCGCGGUGCUGUCAAACUCGGACCGCGAGAGCAGCGCCGAGAUCAUCCAGCCGAUCAGGCGCAAGGGCGGCGCCGGGACGGCAAGCAGCAAGGCCACGCAGGGCAUCGUGCGCAGCCGCGGCAGCGACGGCGAGUUCAUCGAUGUGGACUCGGCAUCCGCGCAGAGCGACGACAACGAGAGCUUCUGAGCUGCGACGGGCGACGCUGCCACCCUCAGCGUUCGUACAACAUUGGAUUGCAUGAUCAUUUUGGGAGUCAGUGCUGAGUAAUAGGC